UACCUUGUCCUCGGUUUUUGUUUGUUAAUAUUGUCCAAUUUUUCUAUUUUUGAGGUAGGUUGUAUUGUUUUGAUGAUUUUUAUACUGUGGCUGUUGUAGGUUCCAUUGUUUUGUUUUUGUACUCAGUAGAUGAGUAACUCAAUGAUAUCUAUACAAUGGAAGGAGCAUGAUGCAUCAGUUACUUCCUUUCUUAAAAUUUCUUUGGAUAGUGAUACAUUAACAGACCUUACUCUUUCUGCCGAUGGCAAAAUUAUCAGAGCUCAUAGAGCAGUUCUCUCUUCAUGCAGUCCCUUCUUCAAGACAAUUCUAUCUGAAAAUCCAUGCCAAGAUCCAUUUGUCAUUCUAAGUGAUGUUAAGUUCCCAGUUUUGAAGAUGAUUGUUGAUUUCAUGUAUCAUGGUAAACUCAUCUUACAUAACAAACAAAUACCUGAUGUAUUGGAGGUUGCUGAAACACUACAUGUUACAAGUCUCAUUUAUGCAGUUAAGAAAAUUAAGAAAAGGUGUGGUCAGCAUUCUGAAAAAGAAAUGAACAAAAGGCAAGCAGUUACUACUGUCAUGUCUCAAAGAAGUACUAUGGAGAAAGAGAGUAAUUCAUCAAAAGAGAAUGGGUCAAAUAAAACUGGUGUUUCUGAUUCAAAUAAUGAUCUCAAAAGCAAGAGUGACCAAGAAUCUAAAAGUUCACAGAGAGAGCAGUCCACCUUGAACAGCAAGUCUCAAAGUAUGAUCACGGACAAAAGAAACAAUAAUCCUGCAAGUGAUAAUGAACCCGAAGCAAUGAACGUCUUAGUACCAAUUAUUGUCAUGGAGAAUGAAAAAGAAUCUUUGAAUGAAAAUCAGCCAAUGAAUUCAAUAAACAUAAACUCUGAAAAAGAUAGUUCCACGAAUGUUGAUGAACCAGAUUUGAUGGAUUGUGAAGGUGAUAGCUCUGGAAACGAGAGUGAUGUUUAUUUCAUGGAAGAAUAUAAAAAAAUUCAGAAGAACAAGUUCCCUCCUGACUCAGAUACAGAGUCUAUGAAAAAUCUACCCAAAAGGGACUACAUCAGACGUAAAGUUGUGAGAGCUGCAAUGUUUAACCGUGAACUGGUUGAAUCAAUCAAGCAUGCCGCUGUGGUGCUUCAGAUGACUGGUGAGAUUCCAAUUCAAAGGACUUCAGAAAAUGAAGCGACCCUUAGACCGAGACCGAGACGUAUUAUAAGACGGGACAGUUCCAUACAGCAUAGUACAGACUUCCGCCUGGCCUUGGAAGCAGUGAGAUGUGGAGAAUUGGGAUUCUGUAAGGCAGCUAAAACGUUCAAAGUUAACAACCGUACUUUGUGGUUGGAAUACAAAAAGCGAGGAUACCCACCGAAAAGACCUCAACCUGAAGGGUUACGGAGGAAACAAGCUGGAGAGCUGGAUUACUACAACUGGGAUUCAGAUUCUUCGUAAGUGCCCAAACCUAGAAAUCUCAGAAUUGUUUUUUACAAUAUUAUUAAGUUUGCAAAACUGUUACUUCAAGAGGACGUUUUUGUUUUAUGAGCUUCUUGUUCAUAGAUUUGCUAGUGAAACUUUUAGGAUUUAGUGAAAACUUGAUUAUUUUGGAACUUGAGAUGGUGUCCAGGAUGAAGUAUUUUUCAGAAAAGUCACAUUUGUUGUCUUAAGUCAUGAGCCUAGCCUAAUUCCUAAAUUAGGCUCAUACAUUUUAAAUUAGGUGUAUACAUUCUGAAAAAAGUUUGGUCAACUGUCACUCGUAUAAAGUUAAUUAUUAAAUAAAAAAGUAAAUAUUACAAUAGUUCAAAGAGAGGCUGUUUUUGGUAUGCUGAUUCAUUGUUUGCUAUUGUACUAUUGUAGUGCAUUACGGAUCUACCGGUACCUACUGAGAAAAGUAGACACACAGUAUAAAAUAUAUAGGUUUAGUUAGCACUUCGAAAAACUGCUACAAAAUAAUUUAUAUUAUUCAGAGGUAAUUUGACCCAUAAAAGUUGUUAGCCUACCAUAGCUUUGAACAUAUGAGUUGAUUGUUCAUACACACUACACAACAUUUUGGGUUGCUCUUUUAAAUACCGCAUUCAGUUGUCUUACUUUGAUCAAAUAAUUUUUUGUGCUGAGUAAUAUUUUUAAUGUUACUGCAUAGGUUAGACUUGUAAGAUUACAAAUAUUCAAGACUUUUUUUAAAGAAACAAUAUUAUCUUGAUGGUUUAAUUUAAUUUUUUGCUUUUUCGGUUAUUUCCAGAAUGCAGUAAGCCCUAUUUAUAAAGGUACAAAGAAAGUGCCUUUCAAUUUAUAGUACGGUACCUUUUCUAGCUAGUUAUAACUUGUUCAAAAAGUGUUUUCAAUGAAUUUUCAUAUGUAUCUAAUUUCAGUAAAUACAAUAUAUGUAAUUUGUAUUUUUCUUCAGACAUUACUAUAUUUCACAAUCAGCUU